GAAAUGUCCAUGUCGGAGAAAGAACACACCUCGGCGGAAACGCUGGUCACUCCCUCGGAGGCGGAUUCGGGGCCCCCUGAUGGUGGUUUGCGCGCAUGGAUGGUCGUGGUGGGAGGGUUUCUGACAUACUUUGUCACAUUUGGACUGCUGAACUCAUUUGGCACUUUCCAGGCCUAUUACGGGGAGGAUCUCCUCACUAGUCACAGCGAGAGCGCAAUUUCCUGGAUCGGAUCCAUUCAAGUCUUUCUUCUUUUUAUUGGAGGAGUCUUCUUUGGCCCUGUAUUCGAUACGAAGGGCGCGAAGAUCCUGUUCGUGCCUGGGACAAUAUUCUUUGCGUUGUCCCUGAUGUUUGUCAGUCUCUGCCAUGAGUACUACCAGUUUAUUCUGGCGCAGAGCCUUUUGUUCGGAAUCGCCGAUGCAAUGCUGUUCUAUCCCACAAUAUCUGCGAUUCCACAUUGGUUUAAUCGGCGACGGGGCUUAGCCCUGGGUAUCGUCGUGGCCGGUUCGUCGCUUGGAGGCAUCGCGUGGCCCUUGAUUCUGGACCGGCUGUUUGGCACUGUUGGGUUUGCCUGGGCACUUCGCAUUGUCGGCUUCAUUUCGCUGGGGCUACUUGCACCGGCAUGUCUGAUGGUUGUGCCUCGUUUGCCACCAACGAAAGCGAGCGAGGUACCCAAAGCCGAAAUCGCCGCCAUUUUCAAAGACAUACCAUUCAUCCUACUCGUGGCGGGGAUGCUGUUCGUCAUGUGGGGGAUGUUUAUCCCAUUUUAUUAUCUCCCCUUGUACGCCAGACAGCAGGGCGUAGAUGCUGCCUUUGCCAACGAUCUCAUCGCCAUUCUCAAUGCUGGGUCGCUCGUUGGUCGAGUUGUAUCCGGAGGACUGGCGGAUAAGAUGGGAAGAUUCAACAUGGCAAUUAUCUGCUCGCUUCUCUCUGGGAUUGUGCUGCUUUGUCUGCACGUCAUGUGUACGAAAGGAAGCAUCGUGACAUUUGCCCUUCUGUAUGGACUGUUCUCCGGGGGGUUGAUCUCGCUGCAGUCAGCCUGUGUUGCUCAGAUUACGAACAACAUGCAGAUCAUCGGCAUCAAGAUCGGCGUCAUGAUGGCCGUCUGCUCCGUGGGCGCACUGACCGGUGCUCCCAUUGGGGGCGCUCUCAUAUCGACUGAAAAUGGGAAGUACUCUGGUCUGAUAACCUUUGCUGGCGUCAUCCUGCUUGCAGGGACCAUGUUGCUGGUUGGAUCACGGUGGACGCUAAGCCGCAAUGUCUUGCAAGCUGUGUGAACAUUAGGGUGUUUGUGUCUUGUCUUUAGCUGCAGAUCCCUUUACCCCCUUUUGUAACGGGUUAAGCACUUCCUCAAACAG